CAUCUUUUGGAUGACGCGUAAGCAGCCAUUUUGUAAGCUAUUUGUUCAGUUUGGACGAAGAAGUCGCUUGUGUUUUAAAUCUGUCUUAUUAAAGCUAUUACUAUAUUACUAUAAUAAAAUGGCUGAAAAUGAGGAUGUACUUUUGGACUACGAGGAGGAUGAGCCAGAAGUGGCACCAGAAGCUGCCGGAGAUGGUCCUGCAGCUAAGAAGGAAGUGAAAGGCACCUAUGUCUCCAUCCACAGUUCUGGUUUCCGAGAUUUCUUACUCAAGCCUGAGCUUCUCAGAGCAAUUGUUGAUUGUGGUUUUGAGCAUCCAUCUGAAGUACAACACGAGUGCAUUCCGCAGGCUAUUCUUGGUAUGGAUGUUCUUUGCCAGGCUAAAUCUGGUAUGGGAAAAACUGCAGUCUUUGUCCUGGCAACAUUACAACAAAUAGAACCAGUUGAUGGGCAGGUGUCUGUGCUCGUCAUGUGCCACACAAGAGAGUUGGCAUAUCAGAUUGCCAAAGAAUAUGAACGUUUCUCCAAGUACAUGCCAUCAAUCAAAGUUGGUGUCUUCUUCGGAGGCCUCCACAUCAACAAGGAUGUGCAGGCUUUGAAAACAAAUUGUCCUCACAUAGUCGUUGGAACCCCGGGUAGAACGCUGGCUCUUGGACGUCAGAAGUCGCUUGCUUUGAAGAAUGUAAAGCAUUUUAUUUUGGAUGAGUGUGACAAAAUGUUGGAACAACUUGAUAUGCGACGUGAUGUGCAAGAAAUCUUCAGAAUGACACCACAUGAGAAGCAAGUGAUGAUGUUCAGUGCAACCCUGAGCAAGGAAAUUCGACCGGUUUGCAAGAAGUUUAUGCAAGACCCUAUGGAAGUGUAUGUUGAUGAUGAGACCAAACUGACGCUACAUGGCCUUCAGCAGUACUACGUGAAAUUGAAGGAUAAUGAGAAAAAUAGAAAGCUGUUUGAUCUUCUGGAUGUUUUGGAAUUCAAUCAGGUUGUCAUAUUUGUGAAGUCAGUGCAGCGUUGCAUUGCUCUUGCACAGCUGCUGGUGGAACAGAACUUCCCAGCCAUUGCCAUCCACAGAUCCAUGCUCCAGGAAGAGAGAUUGUCUCGUUAUCAGCAAUUUAAGGAUUUCCAGAAACGUAUCCUUGUGGCUACGAACUUGUUUGGCCGUGGUAUGGAUAUUGAGCGUGUGAAUAUUGUAUUCAACUACGAUAUGCCAGAAGAUUCAGACACCUACUUGCAUAGGGUUGCUCGUGCUGGACGUUUCGGUACAAAAGGUCUUGCUGUCACGUUUGUGUCCGACGAAACGGAUGCCAAAACAUUGAACGAGGUUCAAGACCGAUUUGAAGUGAACAUUGGUGAACUGCCCGAGGAGAUCGACAUGUCUUCAUACAUUGAGGCUACUGUCUGAUGAAGCUACUCAAAAUCAAUCCAGUAAUGUUGCUGUUUCACAACAAUGAAAUUAUUGACCUAAACGAUGAACAACAUCUUGCUUAUGGGCCAUUGCAUGCUACGACAUGUUAACUUGAUCUGCAACGCAUCGCAACCAUUGUGAUUGGAAAUUUAUGUAGCUGUAUUGACUACCAAACACUAUAUACUAUUGUUUAACAUGUUAUAAUUUUUUGUACAAUUUGUUUUUCUCUAUCAUUAGUUUUAUUUUCUAUCAAUACAAAAUUUGACUGUUUUUACUACAUGUAUAAUUUGGUUUCACAAAACUUUAAAUACUAUAUUUAUAUGUCCUGUGGCUUAUAGGUGUUAGAAUUGGUAUUUUUACAUUCAAAAUUUAUCUAAUUCGUAUAGUUAUACUGCUUGUAAUUUUGGUUAAUACUGUAAUGGUUUUGGAAUUAAAAUUUAAAAACCAUAUUUUUGUACCAUUGUGUUCGUCAGCACUGUACUGAAUUAUGACAUUGGUUUUCAAAUAUUAUAUAGUUGGAAAAUUGUUACUGUACAUCAUAAAAUAACAUGAAUUUUAAAUUAAUGUACUAGGAUUAAUUAAUCCUAAAUUUACCAUAUAGUUAAUAUAGGGAAGCAUUUGGUUACAAUCUAGAUCAUUCUUAUAAACUGUAUGUAUUGCAAUGACAGAAAUAUGUGUAUGGUGAUAAUCCAAAAUGCAUAGAGCAUAAAAUUUCUUCAGUCCUGUAAAAAAGUUAAAUUUGGUCUUACCAAUAUUAGCAUUGUUCCAACUGUUUACUGCAAGGGAAAUAGGAAUUAAAUAAUGAACAUCAAACUUUUAAUUCACUCAUUUUAAAAUGAUUUUUUUUCUUUUUCAUAUCAAACAUUGUCUGUAUUGGUAUGUAUUGUUGUAUGUAAAUGAUAGUUUGAUGCAAGUUUUUUGACAAAUAAAAUUGAUUAAAAAAAAAAU